GUAGAAAGGCAGUGGAACGAAACUGCAUGACUUAUUGAUUUCAUCACGGACAGCACAGCAGCCAUUUCACUCACAGCAUGGAGCAUAACACACACCGCUUCUGUGGGAUCUAAACUUCAGAGGAGACUUCAGAGCAUUCUGCAUUCAAAAACAUGGAUUUCAAGAACCAAAACGUUGGCUUAGAACUACUCUUGGCACACAUGAAUAUUGGAGACAUCAUCGAGGCUGUGGAGAGGCUCUGCUCGGACAGAGAGGACGAAGAGGAAUCGAGCGAGUCACUUGUGGAGGGUCUUUCAGGAGAUAAUAUGGAUGAAAACGAGCUCUCGGAUGACACGGCUUCACCUGACUUGGUUUCCCGUGUGCAGAAUGGCAAAGUGAGGUACGGCAAUGUGGCAGACCUGCUGGCAUUUGUCAACAUGGUGUCCAACACACCUGCCACCACACUUUCCGAGGUAGAUGAGGAGCUCGGGGUGCUACUGAACAAGACAGACAUGGUUAUUAAAGAGGGCCGAUAUCGCAUUGAUUUGGAUGUGCUCCUGUUUCCGUGGAGGCUGACCUACAAGGCUCCAGGCACAGGCCACAUUCCCAAAGGCUCUUUUGGGAAAGUCCACUUGGCACAAGACAUCGAGACACGCAAGCGUAUGGCAUGCAAACGGAUCCCUUUGGAGCACUUCAAACCAGCAGAUGUGGAGAUCCAGGCUCGGUUCCGUCAUGAGAACAUUGCUGAGCUGUAUGGUGCCUUGCUGUGGGAGCAGGGUGUGUAUCUCUUCAUGGAGGCUGGAGAAGGUGGCUCGAUACUGGAGAAGCUGGAGAGCUGCGGUCCCAUGAGAGAGUUUGAGAUCAUUUGGGUCACGCAGCAGGUUCUGCGUGGACUGGAGUAUCUGCACUCGCACAAUAUCAUCCACCACGACAUCAAACCCAGUAACAUUGUGCUGAUGUCUGCCAAAGCUGUGCUGGUGGAUUUUGGCUUAACAGUGCAGAUGACAGAGGAUGUGUACAUUCCUAGAGACCUCAGAGGGACCGAGAUGUACAUGAGUCCAGAGCUGGUUUUGUGCCGAGGACACAAUACAAAGACGGACAUCUACAGCCUGGGCACUACCAUUAUUCACAUGCAGACCGGUAGCCCACCUUGGGUGAGGAGAUACCCACGCUCUGCAUACCCCUCGUACCUCUACAUAAUCCAUAAGCAGGCUCCUCCUCUGGAGGACAUAUCAGAGGACUGUAGUCCGGCUAUGCGAGGCCUUCUGGAGCGAGCACUGGAGAGAGUCCCGUCGCGGAGGAGCUCUGCCACAGAGCUCCUGAAUGAGGAGGCCCUCCACCCUUCACGAGAAGACCAGCCUCGUUGCUGGAGUCUAGACUCUGCUCUUGGAGACAGCACGCACCCACUUUUACGCCAACACAGUCAAAUGACUGAUAGCACACAAGACUCCUCAUCAUUGUACACUGAAGAUUCUGGCCCGUUUAAAAGAAAAGGUUCCCUCUACGUUGACCUCGGCGCUUUGGCUGGUUACUACAACUUUGUCCGGGGACCACCGACUGCAGAGUACGGCUAGAGGAAUCCUGAGCUCUUUUUGAGUGGACACUUAGUUUGUGUUUGUUGGACUGGUGGGACAUGUAUAAGGUACCAAAGUCCUGAAAAUACAGUACAUAUGGACUGUCCAUACAUAUGGAACCUUGUGUUUCAUCAUCAUUGGCAAUUCAAUCAUCUCAAGUACUGAUUUAAAAAGGUUGAUUUGCUUGAUGAUGGGCUGGAAAUUACACGUGCUCAUUCAGUCCAAAGAUGUAUGGAAACCGGAACAAUAUGACUAAUAGCAAUAACAGUAGAGUUGUAACUUGCAUGCUUUCAUAUCAUUACUAUCGUUAGCGAUAAAAAAGACAAAAGAGCAAAUCAUUGUCUCACUUUGGAGAUUAUGUAUAGGACAUCUUCAAUAAUGAAAAAAAACCAGUGAUCAGUAGUAGCUCAUUGUUGUUGUAUACAGGAAAAUGGUCCAAAAAGUAUAUAAAGGACGAUAAAGAUGAAAAGUUUAGUAAUGCUGCAUUAUAGAAAAUAUACAGUACUCAUAUGUGCAUGUAAGUGGAUUACUGUAUUGAUGAGACAUUUAUUAACAGUAUAGGGGGGAAAAUCCUAAUAUAAUAUUUACUGUCUCUGGAAAAUGUGUUAUUCAUUAUAGCAGUGCUGGAUUCAGAGUUUCCUUCUGUUUUACGUUCUAUAAGCUCUAGGCUAGGCCUUCUCAAGACUACACAAGAGUUAAUGGUGUAAUUAUACACCAGUGUAUGUCAAAAAAAAAGUUAGUCUGUUCAAAAAAAAAAUCUUUUAUAGAGUAAAAGACAGAAAAAAUAUAGCGAAUGUUAGCUGAAAGCUGAAGCAUGAAUGCUGGUAGACAUUUUGUUAUGUUUUAUAGUUGAAGUACAAUUGAGAUAUAAUCCUCCAGGCUCAAUUGGUCAACUAUACACACACACACUCUCCAUAGGAUUUGCUGGAUCAAAUCCUUUGUUUAGAUACUGUAUGGGUUUCCAGUCUUAUUUGCAAAAAGGCAGCGUGGCUGCAGGUUUUCAUACCAGCCAAUCUGAAGCUAUGUCUGAUCAGUGCAUUUUGGUCUUCAAUAGAAUUAUUAGGUGUGGAUCCUGUUUGGUUGGAAUGAAACUCUGCAGGUAUACCAGCCCUUUGUUGAUAGGAUUAGACACCCUUGAUUUACUGUAUGUGCUGUAUGCAUAUUGCACUUCUGCUUUGUUAGGCACAAUGUAAUCAUUAUGAUGCAGUACAUGGCAUUACAGAAUUUAGCAUUAUAUAUCUCUUGAAGUUAUUUACUAAAUGGGACACUGGAUGUUUGCCCACAUUUGUGUUUUCAAUACUGUUGUCAUUUUCAGAUGUUCCUGGAAAAUCUUGUUGUUGUUCCUGUGGAAUGUGUUUUUUUUGUUGAGUACUUGCAGUGCAAAUAGUCCCAAUAGAUCAUGUGCUUUAGGCAAGAAUUACAACACAGCUAUAGUGUGGCAUGUACAAACAUUCUGUAUUAGUUUCGUAGUCUUGUUAAUUAUACACACAAAUGUUCUCUCUCUCUCUCUUUCUCUGUGUGUGUAUGUGUAUGUGUGUGUAUAUAUAUACUGCCACUAAAGUGUUUCUGAUAGUGUACGUUAAUUUUUCGUUAUUUACUUUGAUGUGACUCUGUUUCUACACCAUGAGUCUGGUAUGAAUGUGCACUGUGUUGAAAUUCUGCAAAGUACAUAGAUUAUGAAUUUGUUAAUAUGGUUUAUUAAGGUGAACAUAAUUUUUGUUUAUAUUUUCAUAAGUGUUUAUGAAGUCAAUAAAGUUUAAAAUUGAA